GUCAGCGCGCCUGCGCAGUGCGUGGUGCCCGGCUGCGGCGCUCGACCCUCGGUUUCCCUUCGCUUUGGCCUGUGCGCGCGGGGAAGAUGGUGCUGGAUCUGGAUCUGUUCCGGGUGGAUAAAGGAGGGGACCCAGCCCUCAUCCGAGAAACGCAGGAGAAGCGCUUCAAGGACCCGGGGCUCGUGGAUCAGCUGGUGAAGGCGGACGGCGAGUGGCGGCGAUGCAGAUUUCGGGCAGACAACUUGAACAAGCUGAAGAAUCUCUGCAGCAAGACAAUCGGUGAGAAAAUGAAGAAAAAAGAGCCGCUGGGCGAUGACGAGUCUGUUCCAGAGAACGCAGCAAACCUUGAUGACCUCACCGCAGACACGCUGGCCGACCUGCAAGUCUCCCAGAUCAAGAAGGUCCGGCUCCUCAUCGACGAGGCCAUCCUGAAGUGUGAUGCUGAACGCACCCGCCUGGAAGCCGAGCGGUUUGAGAACCUCCGAGAGAUCGGGAACCUUCUGCAUCCUUCGGUGCCCAUCAGCAAUGAUGAGGACGCAGACAACAAAGUCGAGAGGGUCUGGGGUGACUGUACAGUCAGGAAGAAGUACUCGCACGUGGACCUGGUGGUGAUGGUGGACGGCUUUGAGGGCGAGAAGGGCGCCGUGGUGGCCGGGAGCCGCGGGUACUUCCUGAAGGGCGUCCUGGUGUUCCUGGAACAGGCUCUCAUCCAGUAUGCUCUUCGCACCCUGGGCAGCCGGGGCUACACCCCCAUCUACACCCCGUUCUUCAUGAGGAAGGAGGUCAUGCAGGAGGUGGCGCAGCUCAGUCAGUUUGAUGAAGAACUGUACAAGGUGAUCGGCAAGGGCAGUGAAAAGGCGGAUGACAACUCCUAUGAUGAGAAAUACCUGAUUGCUACCUCUGAGCAGCCCAUCGCGGCCCUGCACCGGGACGAGUGGCUCCGGCCCGAGGACCUGCCCAUCAAGUACGCGGGCCUGUCCACCUGCUUCCGCCAGGAGGUGGGCUCGCACGGGCGCGACACGCGUGGCAUCUUCCGAGUUCAUCAGUUUGAGAAGAUCGAGCAGUUUGUCUACUCGUCGCCACACGACAACAAGUCCUGGGAGAUGUUUGAAGAGAUGAUCGCCACGGCCGAGGAGUUCUACCAGUCUCUGGGCAUCCCCUACCACAUAGUGAAUAUCGUCUCAGGGUCUCUGAAUCACGCCGCCAGUAAGAAGCUUGACCUGGAGGCCUGGUUUCCAGGCUCCGGAGCCUUCCGCGAGUUAGUCUCCUGCUCCAACUGCACCGACUACCAGGCUCGCCGGCUCCGAAUCCGAUAUGGUCAAACCAAGAAGAUGAUGGACAAGGUGGAGUUUGUGCACAUGCUCAAUGCGACCAUGUGUGCCACGACACGCACCAUCUGCGCCAUCCUGGAGAACUACCAGACAGACAAGGGCAUCGUGGUACCCGAGAAGUUGAAGGAGUUCAUGCCACCAGGCCUCCAGGAACUGAUCCCGUUUGUGAAACCUGCGCCCAUCGACCAGGAGCCGUCAAAGAAGCAGAAGAAGCAGCACGAGGGCAACAAGAAGAAAGGGGCAGCCAGAGACGUGGCCCUGGAGAGCCGGCUGCAGGCCAUGGAGGUGGCGGAUUCCUGAGCCUCCGGGCGCCCCCUCGCCGCCCGCCCCAUCUGACUUUUAGCAUGGCUAAAAGGGGAACCGCCUGCUGAGGCCGCGCAGGGGUCCCAUCUCUCCGGCGGGGGCCCCGGGACCCCGUUUCCGC